AUGGCCCUCAGUCCUCUCCUGGCGCUCGCCGCGGGUGUAGCCCUCACCAUUGCCGUCUGGCUCGUCCAGGUAUGUACAAAAACCCACCCUCCCUCCAAGUCCACCACCGCCACCACCACCACCACAACCACAACAACAACAGCAACAAAUAACACUAACAUCUCCCGCCCCCCCUCCAUCCAGACAAUCUUCCACGCCCUCACCUCCCCCCUCCGCCAAAUCCCGGGCCCCCUCUCCUCACGCCUGACCAACCUCCCGCUCAAACAAGCCGUCACGUCCGGCCGACGCAUCUUCCACAUCGACGCGCUGCACAAGGCGUACGGCCCCAUCGUGCGCAUCUCGCCGACCGAAGUCGCCGUCGGCGGCGACGUGGCGGCGUUCCGGCAGAUCCACGGCGUGCAGUCCAAGUUCGCAAAGGACCUGUGGUACGAGAAGCUGACCAACUUCCCGCGCCUGUCCGUCUUCACCAUGCGCGACGCGCGGCAGCACGCCGCGCGGCGGCGGCUGUUCGCGCGAGCUUUCGGGAAAGGGUUCCUGCGCGAGCGGUGGGAGGGGGCCGUGCGGGAGAAGUGCGAGGUCGCGGUGGGGAAGAUCAGGGAGGAGGGGUUGGAGAAGGGGGUGGCGGAUCUGAUGAAGUGGUGGACGUUUAUGGCGACGGAUGUGGUGGGCGUGCUGGGGUUCGGGGAGUCGUUUGGCAUGUUGGAGGCCGGGAGGAGGACCGAGUAUAUACGCGUGCUGGAGGCGGCGUUGGUGGGGAAUGGGGUGGGCGCCGAGUUGCCGUGGGUGAGGGCGAUUGGCGCGAGGGUGCCGGUUAGGGCGCUGAGGGAGGCGUUUAAUAGCAGUGAGUAUAUUUUGGCGUAUGGGACGAAGGCAGUGGAGAAUGCGAGGACUGGUGGGAGGGAUUCGAACUUGAUGGCGACGAUUAUGGCGGAGGCGGAGAAAGGGGGGAGUCGGGUGGAUGAGAUGGACGUCCGCACCGAGUCGACGAGCCUCAUUUUCGCCGGCUCCGGCACCACGGCCAACACCCUGACCUUCCUCAGCUACGCCGUGCUUUCGCAGCCGGCGCUGCAGCAGGCGCUGGAACAGGAGCUGGCGAUGCUGCACGAGGGCUUCUCCGACGCGGACCUCGAGCAGCUGCCCCUGCUUAACGCCAUCAUCAACGAGACCCUGCGCCUCUACUGCGCCGUGCCCGGCAGCCUGCCCCGCGUCGCGCCGCCCGGCGGCGUCACCCUCGGUGGCUACUUCAUCCCCGAGGGUACGACAGUGAGCACGCAGGCGUACACGCUACAUCGGGAUGAGAACCUGUGGGAUAACGCCCAGGAAUUUGAUCCGUAUCGCUGGCUGCCCGGCCGGGAGAUUUCACCCGGAGCGAAAGCAACGUUCUGCGCUUUUGGUGCGGGCGCGACAUCCUGCCUGGGCAUCAACCUGGCAUGGAUGGAGCUGAGGUUCGGAACGGCGAUGUUGUUCCGCGAGUGUAGAGGCUUGAGGCUGGCGGACAGCAUGACCCCCGAGAAGAUGGAGCUGGAGAAUUACUUUGUCAUCACGCCGAAGGGUAAGGCUUUGGAAGUUGUGCUGAAGGGUGAGUGA